UUUUUAUUUCUGCCUGUCGGCUGCUCCAUGGCGCCCCGAAAGAAACUGCAGGGACUUGUGGCAGCCACCAUCACUCCGAUGACUCAGGAUGGAGGAAUCAAUCUCCCUGUGAUUGGCCAAUAUGUGGACUACCUGAUAAAUGAGCAAGGUGUCAGGAGUGUAUUUGUGAAUGGGACAACAGGGGAAGGCCUGUCCCUGAGCAUUCAGGAGAGGAAGCAGCUGGCGGAGGAGUGGGUCACCAAGGGCAAAGAUAAGCUGGAUCAUGUCAUCAUUCAUGUCGGAGCACUGAGUUUGCCAGAAUCCAAGGGACUGGCUAAGCAUGCAGGAGAAAUAGGAGCAGAUGGCAUAGCUGUUAUCACCCCCUCCUUCUUCAAACAGGUGAAGAAAGAUGCGCUGGUCGCCUUCUUUCGGGAUGUUGCAGCCGAAGCUCCUGGCAUCCCGUUCUAUUAUUACCACAUCCCUCCCCUGACUGGUAUAGAAUUUCGUGCUGAAGAGCUUUUAGAUGGGAUGAAAGAGCAGAUCCCCAGCUUUCAGGGGUUGAAGUUCAGUGACAGAGACCUCUUGGAUUUUGGACGGUGUGUGAAGAAAAACGAUGAAGGCCGAUUUGUGUUUCUUUAUGGCGUGGAUGAGCAACUCCUGAGUGCACUGACGAUGGGAGCGACUGGGGCAGUUGGGAGCACAUAUAACUACUUUGGCAAGGCAAACAAUUUAAUCCUGGAAGCUUUUGCCAGUGGAGACCUCUCUGCAGCACAAAAACAUCAGUUCUCUAUUCAGGAAUUCCUCGGCUUCGUCAUUGCACAGGGUUUUGGUGUUGCACAGAUCAAAGCAGUCAUGACUCUGGUUUCAGGGAUACCAAUGGGUCCUCCACGGCUUCCACUCUCAAGUGCCUCUGAGGAGUUUAUUGCCAAAGUAAAAGUCAAACUGGAGAGCUUAAAGAACUCCCUCUACAGUUGAUUUUAAACAUCAAUAUUGUCUUCAAAGCAUAGCCCAUAUGACUUGGUGAUCCGGUAGUACAGCAUGAGAUGCAUGCUGUCUGGACAACCUUCAUGAAGGAAUUGGCUAGUGAGUCUGGAUUGAGUAGCUAUCAAGGGCACUAUCAAACAACGUCCUCUAACUUUUUCUUUGUGGGAGACAGUAGCUGCCUUCCUGCCCACCAACGCUAUGGUGGCUCUCCAACAAAAAGGAAGAUGAUUAUUUUGAAGAUAGAACGAUCCUGUUUAGAGCAAGUGAAGAAGUUCUUUCAGCUGAAAUUCUAGAAUUCUUACACAACAUGGGCACAGGUUGGACUGACCGACUUAUGUAUUUCUUGUCACUUUUAUAUCUCAAAACAAAAUGAAGAGUCACAUAAUUGGAUUUGGUAGCUUUUAAUCUUGCUUUGCAUUUGUAGAACUCAGACUCUAACCUCUAAUAUGUUUAGAUUAGACAGGCUCUUGAAAUUUGCAGGGUGUUUUUAUAUCCUCAUGAAUAGUAAAGUAUCCAACUGGAGUAACAUCCGUCAUGGCUAAUGAAUGUUGUCCUCUCUAAUUGGCAGCUGUUUCUUGGAUAACUGCUGAUUUAAGGCAACAAACGAUAAGAAUACAGCUUUAUGUACACUCCUGAACCAGUUGGCAAGUAAGGGAAACGUUGUUUCAAAGAGAACCCUGAACCUGGCAUAUUUUCUAGGAUACAUGCAGCUUAAUCCUCUACAGGUUUACUCAGAAAUAAGUCCUAUUAAGUUAAGUGGAGCUUAACGUCUUUAGGUCAUUGUAAAAGUCUACCAUUGUAAAAGGGUUCUUAUUCUAGUCUUGGAUGUCACUGUUUUAAUGUGAAAAUAACUCUGUAAUAGCAGGCUUUUGUAUACACUUCUCCCCUGCCCCCCAAUGCCAGGUCAGGAAAUUCUGACAGCUAAGAGGCUUUUGUGCUCUGCACCCCCUGCCCAGUGCAGUGCUUAUAGCAGCAGCAAGCACGGUGGGCACAAAGCAGGGGUACAGAACGUGUGGCCCUCCGGACGAACGUUGGUGGGCUGCAAUUCCCAUUGGCCCAAACCAGCAUAGCCAAAGGUGAGGGAGGGAUGAUGGGCAUUGCAGGUCCACAAUUUCUGGAGGGAAAAAAUGUUCCCCAUCCUUGGCAUACAGCCUUCUGGUGCUCUUGCUAUUCUUUGGAGUGGUG